GAGUAUUUGGUAUCUUUUCUAUGUAAAUUGACAGAGCCCGGAUCUCCGCGAAGGCGUCCCCACCCCACACAAUUCUCUGGAUCGCCCAACAGAGCCCACAUGGCACAUGCUGCAUCCGCCUCCGCGGCCGCAGUCGAUAGUUGUUCCACAGCACCAGCCGCAAGCGAAGAAAUAUCUUCAGAAGUAACACGCAAACGCCGCCGAACUGAAAAAUCAAGAGUUGGGGCAGCUUAUCCACGGAAGAGAGCUGUUGCUGCAUGUCAGCUUUGUCGCGUACGAAAAGUCAAAUGUAACAAUGCGCGGCCGUCCUGUGGAGGCUGUUUAUCUUCUCAAAUCUCAUGCGUAUACGAGGACAGCCAGGAUCAUUCUGCGUUUGAUCCUGCAAGUAUCUUAAUUCUAGACCGUCUCAAUCAAGUCCUUGCUAGACUGGAUCAGGGCCCGUCAUCCUCUGCGAAUACCUCACCGACAGCACCCACUCCUGGGGACUCAGUUCACGCGUCGACGACUGCUACUAGCGAUCUAGAUCUAGCCGUAGAACAAGAGUCCUACGAUCAGCUUCGCGUCCCUUCAAGCCAGACGACACCUGAUACUAUCUUGUCAUGGCCGGUCUUCCAACGCCAAUUCCCCGCCAGCUUCACUACCGACUCGGUAUUCGAAGCCGAAGUCUCUGAAGACAUUCAAGACUCAUCCCAAAAUGAUCAUACAAGAUUUGGUCAGAAGGUUGGCGGCGUCAAUGAAGAGUGUAUCCCAAAGUUAAUCAAACAAUUCUUACAAUAUGUCCAUAUUAAAAACCCUGUCGUCGACAUGGACACAAUCGCAAUGUACGCCCAUACCGUAAGUGAGGAGGGCAUCAAGUGGGACACAGCUUCCUGCCUCGUAAUUCUUGCUUGUGCGCUCGGAUGUGUCGCCAGGCCGUUUCGCAAUGACCCUUCUUCGCCUUUGCAAUGCACAUCACUCGAUUAUGAUGAAGACGCCCUUCGUCAGGGUGAGGCAUAUUACAAUUGUGCUCGCAGGAGGUUCGGAUUACUGAAAGCAGGUAUCUCUGCAACACAGUGCCAUUUCUUGGCAGGUGUUUAUCUAAUGUACACCAUGCGGCCGUUGUCUGCAUGGUCUCAAUUCCGCUCUGCCUCGGCGUCAUACCAUCUACAUCUAGACUUUCAAGCUCGACGAGUUGCCCGUUACGGCUGCGCUCCUGUAUCCCCGGAGCGGAGACAUCUUGAAACAAGCCUUUAUUGGAGCUGCUACAAGUCCGAAUGCGAGCUUCGCAUGGAGCUGAACCUUCCCGAUAGUUCUCUGGUCAACAUUCAGUAUCCAGAUCUGCAUCCAGUUCCCCCUUGGACGGAUACUUCUAGCAUAUCGAUCGAACAAUUAGGUACUGGAAAAAAACCUAGGCAAGCUUCCAGUGAUGCCCUUGACUUACAACAACAAGAGACCAGCUGGUUCUAUUACCUGACGGAAAUUACCUUACGUCGACUCAGGAAUUCGGUUCUGAACACACUUUACGUCAAGGACUAUCGAGAGUGGACCGACGAGCAGAUCCCAUACAUGACGCGAGCUGCAAUCGAACUUGAGCAGCAACUAAAAGAGUGGUACAACGGUUUGCCCGCACCACUGCGAUACGAAAACGACGUGAUACCCUCCGAAGAACUCCCCUGGUUGGCUCGGGGACGCGAACUCGAGAUUCGAAUACAAAUCUACCAACCGUUCCUGUACUAUGCCAUCCACCAACUUUGUAACAGUUCGUAUGGCAGUACUGUGAUACCUCUUGCACAGAAAGCUCUCUUGUGGAGUUUCUACGUUAUUGAGGAGUUCCCUACUCGGCACAGACAUCAUGGAACUUGGUACGGUAUUAGAUUCAACAUCUCCGCGUCGUUUCUUAUCCUUGCUGCUGUCAAGAGUGAAGCGUUAUCAGUACGCUCGGAUUGGCAGCGCAUGAUGUCUGCCAGCAUUCACAGGUUGGCAUACUGGAAAGACGAGGCACCCGGACUGUCAGAAGCUAUUGAAGUAAUUCAGUAUUACCUCUAGAAACAUAUUACGUAACUGUAACUUCCUUCGACUUACUGGCAUUUCGUGUUACGAGAUUAUCUGAGCCUAAGUCGUUAUUUUGGU